AUCGGUGACGGUCCGAAUGGGCCCGCUCUUCCACGAAUCGACUUAUCACAACUGGCAUCGACCGAGAAAUGACACGAGCUCUCAAGAUCAUCCCCCAGCGAAGCGCCUACAGCUACAUCCACAAGAGAAAAAUGUCCUCAACAUCAUCCCUACCGAAAUUCGUCGUCUGGGCACCCGACUACACUGACGAGGGUGCUCUCGGACGAAGACUAGCAGUAAGACCUGCCCACCUCGAGAACAUCAAGAAACAAAUCAGUCAAGGCGUCCUACAGGUUGGCGGAGCGUUCAUGACGCCCGAAUCCGUCGAUGCAGCUGCGGCAGACAGAAAGUUUCGCGGCUCGUGCAUGAUUUACGAGGGCGAAAGUAUCGAUGCCGUGCGUCAGCUUGUGGAGGAGGAUCUUUAUUAUAAGACUGAUGUGUGGGACAAGGAGAAGCUCGUUAUUCUCCCUAUCGCAUUGGCAACGGGCCUUCCGCCUGUGCCUUCCUGAUACCUGCAGACAUCAAAGAUACUACUUAUGAAUGAAAGAUGGUAUAGACUUGUGACCAGUCUGACAUUAGUAUGAUACGUCUUUGCUCGAUUGACUUGUCCGCGGUUAUACCAGUACUAAGCCCUAGCCUACGUCAUGAUACCACGCAAUCGCAAUCUUGAUGAAGCUCAAGAGCCGCUACGAGGCCCAAGCCUUGCAAGGUUA